AUGAAAAUUUUUGUAGGUGGAUGGCCGUUGAGAGCCACCGUAGGAACAGCCCAGGAUUCUACUAACUCCACGAACAGGACAAACGCGACAUCAUCAAUGUACACAACAUCGUCAGUAACACAAGCAGUCGCCAGACUUUUUCCUGGGACAUACACCAGAACCACUACAACCACUUCCCGGCCUAAGAAAUCCAGGAAACGUCAAAACGAUUCAUCUUCCCGCAAGGACUGCAGCUUUUUUCUCAAAGAUAUUUUGCUGCUACUUAGCCCUGGAAUCAAGAAAGUUCCUCGUGGAAAACAGAGAGAAAACCUUCACCUUCAGUGCUAUGCUGCAUCUGCAGUGGAAUUCUGUAUUGAUUGGUCAGAGAGAAAACUUCGAAGUGCCAUUGAGACUGUUUUCAAAGAUAAAUUACACGACUUGCCUUCGCCAAUGUUUCACUUUGUACGGGGUAUUGGUGACAUUUUAGUGAGGCCAUCCCUUCAAGUAAACCAGGACUGUUCUGCAAAAGUUGUUAAAUUAUUUGCAAAACAAGGCCCCAUCUAUGUUAGAGCUGUGGAAAACAUUACGUCAUGGGGAUGGAAAGAGGAUGAAGAAAGCACUGGAAUAGAUGAUGAAAAUCCUGAUGUUUCAAAUAUACAGGUACAUGUAUUAUAAUCAGAGCAUGUCAC